AUGGUGAUCGAGCAGCACCUGGAUCCUAAGCUCGCCAAUCCUCCUGAGAAUGAGAAUGGCGGUGGCGGCGACCUCGUCGACGCGCUCAUCGCCCUCUGGAAGGAGGACCCUGGGUUCACCAGGGACCAUGUCAAGGCCCUAAUCUUUAACACGUUCAUCGCCAGCAUUGACACGAGCUCGGUGACCAUCCUGUGGGCAAUGUCGGAGCUGAUCCGGAAGCCACACGUGCUGGGCAAGGUGCAGGCCGAGAUCAGGGCCGUGGCGGGCGGCAACGUCAACGGGAGGGUGCUGUCAGAAGACGUGUCCAGGCUCACCUAUCUCAACAUGGUGGUGAAGGAGACCCUCCGGCUGCACCCGCCGGCACCACUGCAGCUGCCGAGGGAGACGAUGCGGCACAUCCAGGUGGCCGGGUACGACGUGCCGGCCAAGACGCGGGUCUACGUCAAUGCGUGGGCCAUCGGCAGGGACCCGGCGAGCUGGCCGGACGGCCCGGAGGAGUUCAACUUCAACCCCGACAGGUUUGAGGGGAGCGACGUAGACGUCAAGGGCGAGCAUCCCGAGCUGAUGGCGUUCGGCAUGGGGCGCCGGAUAUGCCCCGGCUUGUCCAUGGCCAUGGCCACUGUGGAGUUCACCCUUGCUAACCUGCUCUUCUGCUUCGUCUGGGCGCUUCUGGUGGGGCUGGCGGCGGACGACGUGAGCAUGGAGGAGGAAGGACGGGUCGUGUUCCACCGCAAGACGCCGCUCGUGCUCGUGCCCACUGCUUACGUACCGCUACGGCCACGUCCUUGCUGA